CGGCCAAACCGAAAAAUGCUGGCUCAUUAUAGCAUACCCCUCGGCAUAAGAAGUAUCGACAUUCGACAUUUUCUUGCGCUCUCUCUCUACUUUCUCUCUCUACACCUGGAGGAACCCAAACUGGUGCCCCAUUGACGAUCUUCUCGAUGCUCGCUUUCUCUCUCAUCGCUUCAUAAUCUCUCUCUCCCUCCGCCCCAUUCUUUCUCCUCUCACUCCAAGAACGACACUCCCAAGUCCUUCAUUGCUCACUCUGAUUGUCUCUCCGAUUUAUAAUUUGUUUGGAGCUAUUGAAUUGAAGGUCCCUUUGGUUAUUUGGUGGAGAAUUGAGAAUGGCUUCACUUUCUCAUUCUCCCGUGAAUUUUACUGGAAAUUUGGCUGUUGGAACUUCAGCUUCGGAUCUUCUCCGGAGCUCUAGUAAUAGUGUUAGUGGUGUGCCUUUGAAAACCCUAGGAAGGUUACGAUUGGGCACGAGAAGGAGGGAUUUUAUGGUGACUGCAAAGGUCAGGAAGGGGAAGAAGCACGAGUAUCCAUGGCCAGAUGAUGCGGAUCCAAAUGUCAAAGGUGGAGUCCUUACUCAUCUAUCGCCUUUCAAGCCUCUGAAAGUGAAGCCGAAGCCGGUUACUUUGGACUUCGAGAAACCUCUAAUGAAUCUGCAAAAGAAAAUCGUUGAUGUACAAAAAAUGGCAAAUGAAACUGGUCUGGACUUCAGUGACCAGAUUAUCCUUCUAGAGAAUAAGUAUCAACAGGCUCUAAAGGAUCUCUACACACAUCUGACUCCCAUACAGCGUGUGAAUAUUGCACGUCAUCCAAACAGGCCAACUUUUCUCGACCAUGUUUUUAAUAUUACUGAGAAGUUUGUGGAGCUUCAUGGAGAUCGAUCAGGGUACGAUGAUCCUGCCAUCGUCACUGGUCUUGGAACCAUAAAUGGUAGAAGCUACAUGUUUAUGGGUCACCAAAAGGGUAGAAAUACAAAGGAGAACAUUCAACGCAAUUUUGGGAUGCCCACUCCCCAUGGUUACCGGAAGGCUAUGCGAAUGAUGUACUACGCGGAUCACCAUGGAUUCCCUAUCGUUACUUUCAUCGACACUCCAGGGGCAUUUGCAGACCUCAAAUCAGAGGAACUAGGUCAAGGUGAAGCCAUAGCUCACAACUUAAGAACUAUGUUUGGUCUGAAGGUACCAAUUGUUUCCAUCGUUAUUGGGGAAGGUGGCUCCGGUGGUGCUCUGGCCAUUGGCUGUGCUAAUAAAUUGUUAAUGCUCGAAAAUGCAGUUUUUUAUGUUGCCAGCCCAGAAGCAUGUGCAGCAAUUUUGUGGAAGACUGCCAAAGCCUCUCCAAAGGCAGCUGAGAAGCUCAGGAUAACUGCAGGAGAGUUGUGCAAGCUGCAAAUUGCUGAUGGCAUUGUUCCCGAGCCACUUGGUGGUGCACAUGCAGAUCCAUAUUGGACAUCCCAACAGAUAAAAACUGCAAUCAUUGAGUCAAUGGAUGAGUUUACAAAAAUGGACACACAAGAGUUGCUAAGACAUCGGAAUCUAAAGUUCCGGAAAAUUGGUGGAUUCCAAGAAGGCCUCCCAGUAGAUCCGAAAAAGAAAGUUAACAUGAAAUUGAAAGAAGAACCCAUAGUUCAAAAGCUGGGAAAGACUUCAGAACUGGAGUUGGAAGGUGAGGUUGAGAAACUUAAACAGAAAAUUCUGAAAUCCCAGAAAUCGUCUACAGAGACUCCGGAAUUGGGCCUGAAUCAGAUGAUAGAGAAACUGAAAAGAGAGGUUGACCAUGAGUAUUCUGAGGCAGCUAAAGCCAUGGGUUUGGAGGACAGGAUUGUGAUGUUGCGGGAAGAAUUCGCAAAAGCAAGGAAUUCAAAGGACCAACUCAUGCAUCCAGUUCUAAAGGACAAGAUUGAGAAGCUUAAGGAUGAGUUCAACCAAGUUUUGCCAUCAGCUCCUAAUUAUGUGAGCCUGAAAUAUAAGCUUGACAUUUUGAAGGAAAUAUCCAAUGCCAAGAAUCUCUCAGAGAAGAACAGCAAAGCAGGCUCAUUGAAACAGGAAAUUAAUAACAGAUUCAAAGAGGUCAUGGAUCGGCCUGAUGUGAAGGAGAAGAUCGAGGCACUGAAGGCUGAAAUUGAAAACUCUGGCGUGUCCAUAGUGCAAGAUUUAGACCAGGGGCUGAAGGAUAAAAUUUUACAGGUAAAGGAGGACAUAGAAUUAGAGUUUGCUGAUGUUCUCAAAUCUUCGGGUUUGCAUGUUGAGCUGGCUUCAUUCUCAGACGUCAAGGUUAAGAUAGAGAACUUUAAUGAAGAAAUCAACAAGAGAAUUGAUGAUGUUAUAAAUUCAUCGGAUUUGAAGAACAAGAUUGAGAUGUUGAAAUUGGAAGUAGAAAAGGCAGGAAAGACACCUGAUUUGGAGUCAAAAAGUAAGAUUCAGACUUUGGAGCAACAAAUAAAGGAGAGUUUGGCAGAGGCUAUGAAUUCAUCUGGAUUAAAGGAGAAGCAUGAAGAGCUUAAGGCAGAGAUUUCUGAAGCUGUGGAAUUGUCUGGAGGAUCAGAUGGAAGUUUGGUUAAAGAAAAUAUAGAAGAGAGUUCCAUGUAUGAUGGGUCAGGAGUAGAGAUUAAUUUACAAGCAAACCGUAGCUUUGCCUGAUGUGACGAUGAUUUAGGAACAAACCAUGAGUGGUGGUUGAAAAAUCUGCUGAAACCCUUGCAUUAAUGUCUUCCAGAAAGAAUAUACUUCAAACCCUAGAUCUGUUACCAGCAUUCAGUGUCAUCAUCCACCUGGACCACCUUCCAGAGUCUUCUGCUGCUUUUGCAUCUACAGGAACAUGGGACUGACACACAAUGUCUGCUUAUCUUGAAACUAGAAUUUUCCCAUUUUGAAUCAAUGGAGCCCAUUUAAUUAGCUUCCAUGUUUCUUUUCUUUCUUUCUCUCAAAUUUUUUUUUUUUUUUUUUUCUUUCGUUUUUGAACUUGUUUUUCCCUUAUUUAUAGGGUUCUGUUUUUUCUUGGCUAAACGGUGUUUCUCUUUAUAUUUGAUAGACGCAAACAAUUAUGUAUAAUUAUUCGAGUCGUAAACUAAAUAACAUCUUUUCAGAUAUUGGAAAGAGCAUA